AUGGCUUCAUCGUUAACUGGUUUUAAUCAAUUAUGCACCAUAAUUAGUUCCAUUUUAAUGUUGAUUAUAGCAUUAACAUGGCUAUAUAUUACUAAAUCGCCAAAAGAAUGCAAUUUAACUAGUGUUUCAAAUCGUAAUUUUAAUUAUUAUUAUGGUCUUGUAAAUGUUGAUAAUCCAUUAUCAUAUUACAGUGCAGAACAACCUGAUAGUAUUAAUAGUAAAUGUCGUUUAUUUUAUGAUUCUAUGCAUUUAUUUCCAUCUGGUGAUCGUUCAUUAUCAAAAUCAAUGAUUGUUCAAGCUCUUCGAGGUUCUGGAAAAACUCAUAUGAGACAAUGUAUUAUUGCUAGACUUCCUCCGAAGAAUCAAAUUUUAAUUAAAAUAUAUGGAGUAGAUAUUAAUAAUUAUUUAGAAAAUUUUGUUCAAGCUAUUGAUUUUACUUCUGAACCAUCCUAUGAAAAAAUUCGUAAAUAUUGGACUAAAGAACAUUUUUUACAAGUCAUUCUAACUGAAAUAGUUACACGUUUUGUCAAUGAAAAAUAUUUAGAAAUUUUAAAACAACGACAAAAUUUUAUAACAUUACAAACUCGUAAAGAAAUAGCAGUUCUAUUAAGUUUUUACUAUACAAAAGAUCCUGGUACUUUAUGUAAAAUGAUUAAUUUAUUACUUCAUGAAAUAACAGAAUGUUCAAUAUUAGACUGUAGUAUGCCAUGCGAGAAUCCUAAGUUUAAUAAUGGUGAUCAAGAAAUGUUUAUUGAAUUAACACAACGACACAAUAAAAUUAAAGUGAAACGUUAUACUACAGCUGUUGAUAGUUCUUUAAAAGUAUUAUUAGCAAUGUAUACAAAAACAAAAUAUUCACCAUUAUCCACUUUAGAUCGUUCUUAUCGUGAUCAACUUGCUUCAUUAAUUAAUUUUUUAAGUACAUUGCAUAUUGCUACAACAGUUAUUGUAGAUUCAUUAGAUGAAAGUAUUUUCUUUUUUAAUCAAGUUGAUACAAAUUUACGUACAUUACAAACAUUUAUUGAUUCUAUAACUAAUGAUGAUAUUUUACAUUUAGCAUUGGGUAAUUGGGGAGAAGGUAAUGAAAUGAAGAAUAGUUUUGCAUUUUAUAUAUUUAUUCCUAAAAAACCAAAUGUUUUAAUGAAUAUUUCAUGGAAUCGUCAAGAUAAAAUACCAAUUAUUGAUUUAAAAUGGGAUGAAUUACGAUUAAUUAAUUAUGUUGAUUAUAUAUUUGAUUAUUUACGGAGUGGAAGAAAAUUAUGUAUUCAUACUAUCAAACAAUUACGACAUCCUCGUGAUUUUCAUAUAUUUUUUGGUGCUUUAAUUCAACAUAUGAAUAUUGUUUGCAGACAACGGGAUUCACCAUUCAUUGCUAUUGAGGAAGAUUUGAAAAUCGCAUUAGCAGAAACAAAAUUAAGAAUUUUGGAAGAAUAA